AACUGCUAAAAUGAAACUGAUCUAAAAUAGAAAAAAUAGGUUCAGUAUUUCGUACUUGCCCAUCACUACGAUGCCGCUGUCAAAUUAAAAUUGCGUAUGAAGGUCAUCGCUGUCAUCCCGCUGUAAUGUUAAAAAUAUAAACAAUCCGAAAUAAUGGAACAAACACUGCCUUCCGCCAACAUUUUAAAAGUGUACACCAAAUGUGUGAAUUUUGCUGCUGUAAAGCACCGAAAUCAACGUCGGCUUGAUAGUGACGAAACGCCGUACAUAAAUCAUCCGAUCGGUGUUGCUUUCAUUCUUACUGAGGCUGGAAUAACCGAUCCGGAGGUAUUGCAAGCUGCUGUCCUGCAUGAUACGGUCGAGGAUACGGACACAUCAUUUGAGGAAAUUGAAUCCUUCUUUGGUCAGAAUGUUUGCUCCAUUGUGCGGGAAGUAACGGAUGAUAAAACAUUACCGAAGCAGGAACGAAAACGCCUGCAAAUCGAACGUGCCUCUGGCAAGAGCCACCAGGCAAAAUUGGUGAAGCUUGCUGACAAAAUUUACAACUUACGCGAUCUGCAACGCUGCAAGCCGAAAAAUUGGACUGACGACAGGUGUCGUGAAUAUUUUUGCUGGGCAAAAAAGGUUUGCGAUAAUCUUAAAGGAACGAACGAAACGCUGGAAUCUAUUUUGGAUGAUAUAUUUCGGCAGGAGAAUGUCAAUUAAAAAUACAUGUUUCUACUUAACCAGUAGAUAGCAAAGAACCGUACACCGAUGCGGCAAUAAACUGGACGCUGGGUAAA